GGUCUCCAGCGUUGACUCACCCCUUCUCUCCACCCUCACCUGCUGUGCCUGCCUGCCAGCCCUACAAGCCUCUGUAAGGGGCAGCUCCUUCCCUGGACCAGCCCCAAACGCCCACACACCACUCUGCUGAACCACUGGUUUCACCUGCCCUGCUCCUGGCAUCCCUACUCUCCACCCCAGCUCUGGGGACGCCGGCUGAGCUCCCCAGCAUCCCCACACCCCAGUGGCACAAUGGACGUGGCCCUUUUCCAUGGGCUGCUGCUCCUCCUCAUCCUUCCCGUGCUGCUUUACUGGCACAGUGCCACCUUCCACUACUUCUGCAAAGUGACCUUCUUCAACAUCUGGGUCUUCACCAUGGCGACUCUCCUCUCCCCCUUCGUGGCAAUUCGGGGACGCUGCGUGGAGAACAUGAAGCUCCUCUGUGCUGUGAUCCGGCCCCUCAAGCACUUGUAUGGCAUCAAGAUAGAGGUGUUGGGUGCCGAGCACCUGAAUCUCAAGGAGCCCUAUGUGAUAGUUUGCAACCACCAAGCUUCCCUUGACCUGAUGGGAAUGGUGGAGGUCAUCCCCAAGCGCUGCGUGCCCAUUGCCAAGAAGGAGCUCCUGUACAUGGGCACUGUGGGCUGGGCCUGCUGGCUCAGUGGCAUCAUCUUCAUCGACCGCCAAAGGACUGGAGAUGCCAUUGAUGUCAUCUCCCAGACGGCCAAGACCAUACGGCGUGAAAAUCUCCGAGUGUGGAUUUUCCCAGAAGGCACCAGGAACCAGAGCAGAUCCAUGCUGCCCUUCAAGCGUGGGGCUUUCCAUUUGGCUGUGCAGGCUCAGGUUCCCAUUUUCCCCGUUGUGAUUUCUCCAUACUGGGACUUCUUCAGCUCCAAGGAGAAGAAAUUCACCCCUGGGAUGUUCACCAUCCGAGUCCUUCCCAAGAUAGAAACCCGUGGCCUGAGCCCAAAGGAUGUCCCGGAGCUGACAGAGACUGUCCGCAACAUCAUGGUCGAUGUCUUCUCUGAGAUGUCUGCAAACCCCUGCAGGGAUCAGCGUGUGGAGCUCCCUCUGCUCCCAGGCACUGGGGCCACCAUGAGGACUGACAGCACGAGGCAUGAGGAGGACACAACUGGGACCAGUCAUUAGGCAGAGCUCAUGGGGACAUCAGGGAGGUUGGGUAUCUGGUACCAGGUAGAACUUCUACACCCUUCUCUGUCUCUUGUGGUGUGGUUCACCCAUGGGCUCGUUGCCCAGGGUCCUAGUAGUUGUGCUGUCCUCAUGCAUUUAGUCAUGAGGAGGGAUCCAGGACAUGUGGUGAGUUUGUGGGGUCUGGAGGGAUGUGGGGAGGGGGGAAAUUGCCACAUCAGAAGGGCUUCCUCAAUGCAGAACGAUGAGAUGAAGGUGCAAAAUUAAAGAGUUCACAGCUGGUGUUUGUGCACGGUGCCAUGCCUGAGCUUGGGGGCUGAGGGCAGUGGGGAUGGCCAUGCUGCAUGUGGAGCAUCUCUGAAAUAAUGGGCAAACCAUGGCCAAGAUGAUGCAUAGUGCUUCGGUUCAUCAUUGCUGUUCUCAGAAAUGGAAGGAAUUCUGCAAAACAGUGGAAAUCAUCUAUCCUUGUAGAACGUGCUGGGCAACACUAUUAGCAACGGUGAGCUAGAACUCUCCGGGUUGGGAACCAUCACAUGGAUAUGACCAAUAGCAGUGGACACAUGGAGGACCUGAUUUCCCAGGGUUGCUGCAUGCCUGCUGCCAUGGGUUGUGUUUGGCUGCCUGGAGCUUUGAAACCAUGAGGGGAGGGGGACUGGGUGGUUAAACGUUGUCUCAGCUGGAGAACUCAUUGGGUUUUACUUGCUGCAUCAGGGAGGUAAGGAUGAAUGGGAGAAGAGGAAGACUAAACUGAGGGCUCAGAGCUUGCCUUGCUUCUGUGUUCUUCCCCUGGGCAUGGGGUCCAGAACAGCCCUGACCUGCCUGCUGCUCUGCGUCCUGCACCUCAUUGCUAGAGCAGCCGCAUGGCCGUAAGCCCUGUCCAUGUCCGUCUGUCCAUGCUGGGUGGGAUGGUGGGUGGUCUUAGCUCGCUUCUGGUGCUCAGGGCCAGUCCUCAUCCUGAGUGUGGUUGCCUGGUUGGGGUGGAGGUGCUCAGGGUGCUGCGUUGUCCCUGUGAGGACAGAGGGAUUAGUGCCUGUGGUUGUGGAGCACUGGGUUUUGGUGGAGGUCCCUGCCCACCUCCACUGUGGAGGUGUCCUCUGCCUAGGAGAUUUGUGGUGACGUUCCCCUGUGUGAUCUACUACUCGCAUGGGGUAAGGUGCACAUCCAUCUCAUGGAUCUGGAUCAGCCAAUGUGCUUUGCCCUCAGCCUGAGGAGCAGCCGUGGCAUCCCCAGCGUCACCCUGGAGGAGAUGGGUAGCACGAGCCUCCAGCUGGACUGGACUCUCCAAUAUGAGUGACCCCAGAAAGGGAUGUCCUGUCUGCUCCUUAUGUCCCUCCAUGAGGAGGGGACACAGGCUGUUUUGGGUGGGCAAUGACCUGAAGAGCAAUGGGACACGGGGUAUAUACAAAGAGCCUCUUUUUCCAUCCAAAUUCCUACCUCAGAUCUUCCUCCAUCUUUCACCUUCCAUUCCCCACUCUCUGCCUCUCCAAGACAGGUAAGCAUGCUUUAUCAGUGUCUGGAAAGCUGUUACUAUCUUUUUCUUACCAGGUCUUUCUGUCUUUGGUCCAGUUGCUACCUGCCUAUGUAGGGCUGUUCUACACUUCCAUUGGGAUCAGGUAAAGAUCCCAAGUUCAUCACAGCGCAGUCAGGAAUGGCAGAUCUUCAGUCUUUCCUACUUGCCUUCAGCCAUUAAGAGGGAUGUCUUUGGUAAAGAUGUGUAUUUCAGUAGCACCCAGAUCCUGACUUAUACUGGUUCUGCUCACACUACAACUCCUGUCACCCCUCCUGACAAUUUAUUGUGCUUGUUGCUUAAGAAGUGUGGUUUUGCUCUGCUCAAAUCUUACCCCCAAACACUGUAUCAU